ACAUUUUUUUAUCAGAGGCAGGUUUCGAUCCCGCCAAUUUCCCAAUUUGGCGCGCUUUUUCAGAUCCAUGGUUGAGUACACCUUUUCUAGGGUGGAUCGAAGAUCUGCUAACAAAAGGGCGAAGGCGGGAUGGAUUCACAAUAAAAUAGCCGUCGACGGAUAGAAAGACCGGAGACCGGACGAAAAUAUCCAUUUUUGCUUGAGAAGAUUGAGCCAAUGUUUUCAAAAAUUCCAAUACCAUAAGCUGAUUCAACUUUUUGAUUUUGCAUCUUCAGAAGAGAUCUCGAAGGAACUAAUUCAAUACAGUCAUUUGUGGACCGGAAGAGUACGGCAUAUUCCAGGGACUGAUCAAUGGAAAUCGUCGGAUCUCGGUGGAAAGCCCCUUCGAACGACGUAGUUUCAAAUCUCCCUCUCUACCGUUCCGCUCCUCUUCUCGAAGUUAGACUUGAAGAUUUUGAGCUCUUCGCCAUGGAUCGUCUCCGGGUUCUUAGAGGGAUUUCUGAUGGUCUUUCCAGAGGAAAGAAACCUGAAGAAAUGCAGAAAUUGGUUAAUGACCUUUGGAAGACAAAUAUGAGGCAUACGCUGUCAUCUGAGGUCAUCAACAAGGAUAUAAUAUCGCAUUUUGUUCUCCGUCUUGUGUACUGUAGAACGGAGGAGCUAAGGAAAUGGUUUCUUUCGAUGGAGACUACCCUCUUCCGCAAUCGUUUUAAGCUUGAAAGCUCUGAUGCUCAAAGGGCUCUAAUGGCAGAGUUUGACCUUCCGUACAAGGCAGUUAGCACUUCAGAAUAUGAGAGCAUAAAGGACAAGUUGGGCCAAGUUGCACGUUCCAUCGGUCAGUCUUUGCCAACAGCCGAUGCCAUAUUCUACAAGGUACCAUUUGAAGAAGUCCCAGAGCUAGUUGCUGGUCGUAGAGUUUUUAUCUGUAAGGGGUAUGCUUAUGUUGCUAUGAAUCAGGUGGUUUCCCUUGUUGUCACUCAAUUUCGUAGUCUUCUGUCAAAGGCACUCAUUCUGACAAACAGAAAAUGGACAUCUACUAUAAGAGAAGAGAAGGAUCGGUUGGCUCCUAUUGUGGAAACGCUAUGCAUGAGCUAUUUGGGUCCCGACUAUUCUCAGCCAAAAGAAUUCGCGGAGAUAUCAAUUAAGGACAUUGACCAUGUAGCUAAAAGUUCAUUUCCUCUUUGCAUGCGCAACCUAUUUGAAAAGCUGAGAGAGGAUCAUCAUUUGAAGCAUGGCGGGAGGAUGCAAUUAGGUCUCUUUCUCAAGGGUGUUGGGUUGAAGCUGGAUGAUGCGCUUGCAUUCUGGAGAGCAGAGUUCUCCCAAAAGGUUGGGGCAGAGAGGUUUGACAAGGAAUAUGCGUACAACAUACGGCAUAACUAUGGAAAAGAAGGGAAGAGAAUAGAUUAUACACCUUACUCAUGUCAAAAGGUAAUUUCAUUGACUCCUGGUGUAGGAGAUCAUCAUGGCUGUCCAUACCGUCAUUUCAGCGAGGAAAACUUAAGGGCCGCACUGGGCAAAAUGGGACUAGCUAGUCGUGCAGUGGAGGAUGUAAUGGAUAAAGUCCGAAACAGACAUUAUCAGUUAGCUUGCACCUUAACAUUUGAAGCUGUUCAUGGAGCAUCAUGUGAUACUGGAAUUAACCAUCCAAUUCAGUACUUCAAUGAUAGCCAAAAGAACAAUCCUUCAAAGUAAGAACUUUUGGGCGUCGAGUAAUAAAAUACUGUGGCCCUUCCAGGUUUGUAUAAUUGGUUCUCUUUCAAAGUUUGUUCAUAUUGAUUUAGUAAUAUGUUCAUUUUAAUCAUAUUAGGAACGAUAGCAGGUAAUUAAAUGAGCUGUAAGCUGAACUGAAUUUAUUUGACAUUGUUAUCCAGUUAUUUUAUUCAAUCAACCCUAGCCGUUGAUGUUUCUGUUCUAAAUUAUUUUUCAUGCAAAAGAUGCUAAAAUCUCUACUAGUGGAAGUAGUUAAAGUUGCUCUCUGUCAUACCGGUGCGUUCUAGAUAAGGCCCACAGUCUUCUACUUUUAUCAUUUUUAUUUUGCUUCCCACGAUUGGAUUCUUCCGCCUUUGAAAAGUUUGUGGGGGUGUCCAAUAGCAAGUGUCAUCUUCUUCCUUACGCAUCCGCCAAUUGAGCAUCAACUGCGCGCAUUGGUGGUUGACCCUCCGUAGUCAUCCCUGAAGUAUGUAUUGUUGGUGGGAAAAUUUAUUACGUAGUAAACCCUCAUAGUAAGCUAAAAGAGAGAAUCUUGUGUUUUAAGACUGAAGGAGUACGGGCAUAGAAAUUAGUGAAAAUGGUCAGGUGUUCAGCUGGAUUAAUUUAGCAAAUUUGGUUUGAUUAGUUGGGUUGAUGGGUGAUGACUCGUUUAUAGUUGUACCCAAAGUUGCAAAGACUCCUUAAUUUAUAUUAAGGGAAGCACUUAAAAGAGUUUGCUUUCCUUUUUCUGCAAGCUUAUGGUCUAGGGUGGUUAGUCAUACCAAAAUAAAUUGGACUUGAGGGUCAUGGCGCAAUAAUGGAGACUGAAUAUUACUGUAGUAAUUAUGCAGGGAAUGAUAAGAAGAAAUCACAUAUCCGAGCUUCGGUGAAAAAAGUCUUGUAUGUAGAUAUACUUUAUUGCAUUUACAUACUACUUAAUAUUUCUUGUUCAGGUGAGCACAUUGGAGCAUGCAAUCAUUCAUGUGCACGUGUACAUAAGAAAAGCAUAGUCUUUUGUAUUAAUUAAUAGAUGCACAACACUUGGUUGAUCUUGAUUGCGUACUAAAACAAUUCUAAGAGAUUGGCGGAAAAAUCAAAUGAGUUGGUGAGAAUCUCUUAUAUUUAUAGAAAGUUGUUACUAUAGAACAUCAUCUAAUAAUAGUAAAUUAUUUUAAUACUGUAAUGAAGCUACUAUAAAUGAUUGGCAAUAAUAUAAAGUUAGGUAAUGGUGGAACCUCCAUUGAUGUUGAAUAGGCACUCUACCAUCAAGGUAUUCAAUCUGGACUUGGGUUUUAUCCAGUUAGUUAUAUAUAUUUUUUGCUUAAAGCCUCCAUUUUUCUUGUUCUUUUAAUGUUUGUUUAUUAUGUGAAAAGUAGGCGAAAAUUGAAUGGAUUCUUUUGAAAAAGACUGUGUUAUGAAAGGAAGGUGCUUUGCUAUUAUUUGAGUAUGAGGGCUUGCUUUAUGACUUGAUGGAAUGGUGAGGAAUGGUUGCAAUCAAAACACAGCAACUUUGUUAAAGACAUGUUGGACUUGAAUUCCCUUAAGUAGGGGACCAUCACCUUUGGCCUUGUUUAUUUUCUUGGUUGUGGUGGUGCCAUUAUCUUCUUGAAAGAGGCAUAAAUCUACUAUAGCUAAGGUUUGUGGCUUGUGGUGCUGAGAACAAUUGAUUACAUAUAGUGGGUCUCUGCUAAAAGGGGUUUUUGCAAUGCUGGAACAUUUGACAUGUUUCCAUUUUUGUAACUCCAUUUUUUUAAGCAUGUCUAUGGCAGGAUUCCAAGAGAGGAAAUUAAUAGCCUUUUCUUUU